AUGGCUAAUUUCUAUGUUGAACAAUUGCAGAAGCUGAAUGAUCUAAUACAGAAGCCAAUAGAGCAAAGUCAUAGUUCAUCACAAGUUAAAGAAGUAAACAACAUGGAAAGUGAAUCAGAAAAUGGAGGAGCAAUCAAAUGUGAGGCCGAGGUGAAACCAACCACUUCAAUGGAAAGAUCAGAACAUGUUCUUGAUGUUGUAUCAGAUGAUGACACAAGCAUAAAAGUUGAAUACUUUGGCCUUGAAGAUGAACAUGGACUUAUGAGUUUUGCUGAGUAUGGUGAUGGAUCAUUAACUUCACCGGAAAAUUGGAGUGGUUUUAAAACAGAUGAUCUAUUAGGCCAAUCAAGUUGUGAUUACCAAUGGUGGGACUUUUGGUCUUCUUCAGUGAAACAGAGCAAGUGA